CUAAAAUGUUAAUCCAUAUGCAGUCUAUGUUAUCUGCUUUUUUUUUUUUAAUUUUGAGAAGAACGUGUUACAGUUAUUUGGUAAUUGCAUACAAAGUUUCAAAAACCAUAGAACAUUUUUUAAUGCUUUUUAACAGCUUAUCAGAAUGAAAAAGCAAAGUGAUUAGCAGAAACCUGCUCAAGCAACUUAGAAUAGGACCAAACUAAGUCAGAGGAAUGCAAAGUAAGAUUUGAACUGCAUGAAUAGAGGUGGAGCAACGCAAACAGACCGGCACUAUAAAACCAUCAGAUCUGUGGCUUCAUGGACUUCAUUGAUUCUUUCUGUAACUGGCCUCAUAUAUGCCUGGAACACAUCUAACGAAGGAGGCAGAACACAGACGGAUCCCUGCAAAGAAUAUUAAGUGUUUGUGUCUGUGAACAUUUACAGGAGCUGCAACCACUCAUGGCAAAUCCAGUCCACAAAAUUACAGAUGAGAAGAAACAGCAGGGACUCGAGAAGAUCAAUUCGGGCCAGAGGUUUAAAGCAAAUCUCAUAAAAUGGGUCUCGUUUAUUUCUGGAGACAUGGCUGCGUUCGGAGAAUGGAUGAAAGGCCAGUUUAUCUUGCUCCAAAUUAUGGACUGGGUGUUGCGUGGAGCGGCUCAGGUGAUGUUUGUGAACAACCCUCUCAGUGGUCUGAUCAUCUUUGCUGGACUGAUCCUCCAGAAUAGAUGGUGGGCACUCAAUGGUUUUGUUGGAACCGUGUUUGCUACGAUUUCUGCACUCAUCCUCUGUCAGAACAGAGGUGCAAUUGCUGCUGGUCUGUAUGGAUAUAACGGCAUUUUGGUUGGUCUCCUGAUGGCAGUUUUCUCAAAUGCUGGAGAUUGGUAUUGGUGGCUUCUUCUUCCCAACAUCUUCAUGUCAAUGGCAUGUCCUAUAGUAUCCAGUGCCUUGGCCUCCAUCAACAGCCGCUGGGAUCUGCCUGUCUUCACCUUGCCGUUUAACAUACUGGUGUGUCUCCAUAUGGUGGCUACAGGACACUACAAUCAAUACUUCCCUCAGAUUCUCAUCCAGCCAACUACAUCCAUGUCUAACCUGACAUGGUCUGAGCUGGAUUAUGCACAGCUCUUCCGCUCAAUCCCUGUGGGCAUUGGACAGGUAUACGGAUGUGACAACGCUUGGACAGGGGGAAUAUUCAUGAUUGCUCUGUUCAUCUCCUCACCCAUAACAUUUGCGCAUGCAACUAUUGGAUCAGCAGUUGGUAUGGUGUCAGGUCUAGCUCUUGCAGCCCCAUUCAAAAACAUCUACAUGGGCCUGUGGGGCUAUAACUGUGUUUUAGCCUGCAUUGCCAUUGGUGGGAUGUUCUAUGCUCUCACGUGGCAGACACAUCUGCUGGCUGUGGCUUGUGCAUUUUUCUGUGCAUACCUUGGCUCUGCAAUUGGAAAUGUGAUGUCUAAUUUUGGACUCCCAGCAUGCACCUGGCCCUUCUGUCUCUCUGCCCUCACUUUCCUGUUGAUCACAACGGAAACCAAAUUCAUCCAUAAACUGCCUCUCGCUAAAGUUGCCUACCCUGAACAAAACCUGAGAUACUACUGGAAAAUGAAGAAAGAGGAGAAAACACAGAAGGGAAUUCAGGCCAAAGACACAGAAUCACAGCUGGAGAAAGAGCAAAUAUCCAUUUCAAUGGAAAAGAAAGAUCUGGAUAUUUGCACGGUGGAUGUUCAGCAAGAGGAAAACACACUAUGAGUAGAUCAGAUAGGACCUCAGAGGAAACUCAAAUUCAUUUACCUCAAUUACAUGUUUCCCUCACAUGAUGUUUGAAAAUUCCUCACAAUAAUAGCUAAGAGACACUGUUUUGGACAUUGCCCUCAAUGCACUACUUUCAAAAGGUCUGACAAACACUUUUACUAGCAGAAAUGCAAAAACAAAAUAUUAUUAAAACGCCUAUAUUCAUGAAUGUGCGUAAGCCAAAAUGCAAGAACACAAAAAAGUGCUCUGAACACACACACACACUUUUUCUUCUGAAAUCUAAACCUUAAAAAUUGUCAUCAAUAAGUGUGAUGACUCAUAAAUAUAUUAUUUUGACUUUUUAAGUCAUAUGAGUUGUUUAAAGUCACUGUAAUGCUAGACUUGUAAGGUUAAUUUGAAAGCAAACCCCAAAUAUUCACACUGUAAACAAAUUUUACCCUUUGCCAUUCUCAAGUAAAGGGUUUUAAAGUUGACUGGUAACUCGAUUCUUUAGGUGGCGUUUGCUAAAGGUUGAAGAUCUAAAAGCAUUCUGCUGCACACAAUUUCAAGAUCAUUUGCAAUUCAUAGAUUGCAUAAAUGUAAGAAUACAUUUCUGUAUAAAACAGUCAGUGCCUUAAAUUAAGUUGAAUCAGAUUAACUUUACAAGUCUUUUCAAUUUAUGUUGCAUAACAACAUCACUUAACAUCACAUUAAAACAACAUAAAAAACUUUUUUUCCAUAACAUUGAUAAUUCAUAUUUUUUUCUUUGAAUCACAAAAUGAUCUUAGAUCAAAUAUAAAACAUUCCUGCAGCAUGCAGAAUUUUUAAAAUGCAGCAUUUUGUAAAAGUCCCUAUUUCUAAAUACUUUAGCAGAAUGCGCACCUACACAACAAGAAUGCAAAAGACUUCAUUUUGAUAUUUAGCUGUCAAAACAACUUGUUAUGCGUCACAAUUCAAAUAUCCAAGCCUACGUCACUUUUUGCUUCCAGCUAAGGAGAAAGAUUAAAGCAUGCCAAAUGAAAAUGUCAAAUGUCAAAAAGACAAAAGGUGCAGUUUGUUUUGUAACUGUUCAUAAUGUGUAAUAGAUGUGUUGAAUAGAGAACCUGCUCUAUUUCAGUGUUUUCACCUGUAACAAAUGAGUGUUAUAUUUUUUAAAAAGGCUUUUAUAAAUCCCAAUAAAUUUAUAUUUUU